GUUCUGGAUAUCUUUGAUGUACCAGUCGGCGACUUUGGUGUCAAAGGCAAGUACAUCUACAUCCGAGCCGGCGUAACCGACAAGUACUCCCUCACCCAGAGAUUUCACCCUUCCAUUGACGAGCUUGGCUCUUUCCAUGGCUGGCAUGGCAAUGUCUACUGUUCCCAGCGUAUCGCUGGCACUGAGAUCCAAGUGUUGACAGCGGCGGGUAUCGCGCUGGACAGGCCGUUUACGGAGCAGAAGUGGAAGGAAGUCACUAGAAUACAACAACUCAACGUCACAGGUACUUUUUUUCGCUGCUCAAUAGGCCGCAAAGCAAAUAAAAAAGCAAGCCACCAGUGGCAGCCUUGUUCUGAUCGCUUUUGUUUGUGCGCACUGCCCGAUCCCUAGACAUCGGCUCUCCGCAGUACCAAGCUUCCAAAGGUGCUGUUAAAUGCCGAGCACGGCCAUGAGCGUCGAAUUGGCACCUCAGGGCAUCCGGAGUAAUGCCUUCUCUCCAGGAUACAUCGAGACAGACAUGAGCACAUCCUUGCGAGAACAACAUCCACAUCUGGCAAAGCUGAUGCACAGUACACCUCCCUUAAUCAAGAUUGGAAGUCGCAACGAUCUGACCCGCACAGCCCGUAUACUUGUUGAGUGACGCCGCUUCGUAUACCACAGGUGCCGGUGCCGACAUUCCUAUUACUGUCGAUCUUCAUGCCGGCAGAAUAGAAGCU